UGAGAUUGGAUCCUAUGCUCAUUUCUUCAAUGAUUGUACCUUGACGCACUAGAAUAUCAGGACACCGACACCAACGAAGCCAUUCCAGGUCCUGUUUCAGCAGUCAGUACUCACCAUAUAAAGGCUCUAAAAACUUACAGCCUCGUUGAAAAUCUCAUUCUUUCUUAUCUUUUCCGCGAAAUGGCAUCACAGCCCGCAAUUCCGGACCUCACAGACACAGAUCUUGCAAUGAUAUUCCAAGUGCUCGAUGCCUAUCUGAAUACGAUGAUACUUCAGGCUUUGUUACUCGGCGCGUAUAGCUGUAUACUAGGUGGUACAUUGUGGUACAUGUUCCACGGAAACGACCACAGAUACAGGGGGUUCAUGCUGUUCACAGUCCUAUCACUCUACGUCCUCGCUGUGGUCGACUUUGCCUUUAAUUGGUCCUUCACGCGUACCGCAUUCAUCACCGAUGGGCAGAAUUUCUGGAGCGUAUUCAUGGCGAUGUUCGGAUCUACUUCCUCCUUACGACCGCCUCAUUAUCUGGUUUCUGGUAUUACCGGGCUGAUCAGUACGGCUCUCGCUGACACUGCGCUGAUAUGGCGUUGCUGGGUAGUCUGGGGUCAUCGCUGGUUAAUUGUUUUGAUCCCUAUUUUGUGUACCAUAACCAGUGCCACGAUCAAAAGCAUACAAACUUAUCGUGGUUUACGAGACAUGGUAGACUCCGUAAGCCAAGAAUCUGCUCAGGGAACGUCAAUCGACUUGACAACCGUCUACAUCGCAAUGGCGCUUACUACAACGCUAUUGUGUACUAUUCUAAUUGUGUAUCGUAUCGUCAGCAUUGGGGGAGCACGUUAUGCAUCGGGGAUUCGCACAUAUCGGGGUGCCAUUGAGGUCGUUGUGGAGUCGGCAGCUCUCUUCUCCGCAUCUUUAAUCGUUUACGUGGCCUUGGUCGCCAGAAACAACGUCGCGGAUGACUACUUGGAUGUCAUCGCCGCAGCGUUCAGGGGAAUCGCGCCCACCCUCAUGGUUGGCAGAGUAGCUUCUGGGCAUGCCCGCCCAGACGAUUCUUGGAAGGAAACGGCACUGACUGCCACGCCCUUUGGUUCUAUUCGCUUUGCUCGUUCUCGUCACGAGAACAUGGCGAGUACGCAGCUCACACUUGGUGCUCAAAGUGGUAUUCUCGUGGAUUCGCAUUCCGUUGCAAGUGAGAAUGGUCAAAAAUCGAACGUCUGAUGAUGCCAGAGUCUUCAAGUCAGAACCGCUACUUUUGACAUGUCACUUCCUCCUUACCUAUAUAUAUAAGAUCGCACAUUUCUUCGGUGUCAUCCAGCUUGUGAAUGGCAUAGCGCGGUAGAUUUUCCAGCUUCAGCUCUGAGUCCACCAGCCCAACUGCUAUUUUCUCUAAGAUUCUUACUUCUCGCAGACUAUACUACUAUCGGUGCACGAAGUUCAAGCUAUCCUCUCCGUUCACAUCUCUGUCACGUUUGACUUUGGUUCCUGUAGGACUUCCAUAGGUAAACUUGUAGGCAGAAUUCCCGGG